AUGCCCCGCAACGCGACUUUAGUAGAUGAUCCCCAGAUCACCAUUCGAUUCAAAUAUGGCAUCCACAUCAUCUUCAUGUUUGCCAUGCUCGACUGGACCUUCUCACGCCUGACCGACGAGCUUCUCUCGGUCCUCCGCGACCGUUACCCGAAAGGGCUAACCGCCUCGAUCGGAGAGCCCGAAGCGACCACGUUGCCGACAAGUGGCAGCGACUUCAAGCUAGUCUAUGCACUCCCAAAGACUGCCAGCGACUUGUCUCGAGGGUGGAAUGUUAUCAAGGCCGGGCCGAACGACACUCUCGGCGCCAAGGGGUUGACAGAGAUGUGCUCUGUGGCCUUCGCGUUCUUGGAUCCCGACGCAAACGAGACGGACGCCGAGUUCCCGGUAGAACUUCCAAUUUUGGAUGAUCAGGAGGCUUUGUGA